GUCAUGGAUGGCAGUGGAGCUGGAAGUAACAUUGAAUCAAAGGAUGACUUCAUUAAGAGCAAUUUCACUUACAAGGAAUGCCAACUAUUCAUUCCAAUCGAAACAGAAGACGGUUCAACCUUCAAAUGUGGUUGUGGAGAAAUGGAAUUUCAUCAUUUUGAUGAAGAAACUGAUUAUUUUUCCGAGGAAUGGAUGCCCUAUUUGAUCGCCUCAAUGGGCCCCACAAACGCUUAUGGCGUAGUAGAUUUCUACACCGGGAUUCAAAAUUUGCAUAAAUCCUCAGAGUACGUUCGAGUAUCGGAUGACGACGAUCCAAGAAAGGUCAUUGAGCUAAUGCUCAAGCAUUGGAAGCUUCUUGAAGAUGAAGCACCCUUGCUUUGCAUCUCCGUCCUUGGGGGUUUGGAUUCCGCAAUUUUUGAUAGCAAGAAGAGAGACGUGUUUUGUGAGGGCUUGAUAAAUAUUGUUAGUGCCACCAACGCAUGGAUAACCACAUUCGGUUUGAACUGUGGGGUGGCUAGAGUUGUCAGCGAGGCUAUAUCCCUUGCUGAAACUUAUUUCAUCAAGGAGAAUGGGGAGUCUCCAAAAAUCACUUGCAUUGGUGUGACUCCAUGGGGUGAUGUUAGGAGUCAUUACAAUCUCGUAAAAUCUGUCUACUCCAAACCAAACGCUCAUAUCACAUACGGUGUGAGUAAUGUUGUGAUUCCGAACGAGGCUAUUUCUCUCAAUAAAAAUCACACUCACUACAUUCUGGUGGACAAUGGAAUGAGAAAUAACUACCAACGUUCAAAUAUCUUCCAAUACCGUGAUAAGAUAGACCAAUUAAUAGCGACACCACAAACAGGUGGAGGGUGUGGAGUGCCAGUUGUAACACUGGUUCUAGGAGGGGGAUUUGAUGUUAUCGAAAAUGUUGCUUAUCGUGCGUCACAAGGGAUGCCUAUCAUUAUCUGUGGGUCUACAGGCGGAGCAGCCGAAAUUCUCCAGCGAAUCUGUCAAUACAAGGCAAAUAAAAGGUCUCGAGGUCUUUCUGCUACGCAAAUUAAUGAGAUGAGGGAGAUGUUAGAGCAGCUUUUGGAGAGCUCCCAAGAAGGUCCCAAUCCUGACUGGACGGUGGAGAAAGGCAUUGAAUUGCUUCAAAAUAUCGCCGCGAAUGAGCGUUUCCUUAGCUACUUCGCGCUUGGAGUUGAGUCGAGAGUUGAAAGUCUUGACAAGGCAUUCCUUAAAGCCAUUAUUAAAUGCUCUGCAAUGAAUCCUGUGGACCAAUGUAACAUCGCUCUCAAAUUUGGUUGUGUUGAUAUGAUCAAGCAACAGCUUAUAGAGAACCCAAAACUUCGGAGUGCUCUCGAUGGUGGGCAAAUUAAUGAGCUGGUAACAGCAGCCUUGCUGGAAAAUCAAUGCGAAUUCAUAGAGGUGAUGAUUGAACAGGAAGUGGUCGAAAUACCCACUUACCUUAAAAUGAGCACCCUAAACACACUUUACAACCAUAUCGAUGAUCCUACAAUUCUUGGACGCUCUUUUGAAAUGUAUGGCAUUCAAAAAGCCCCCACAGCAUCCAAUGCAGUCAGGAAAGCUAAAAUGACUACAGCUGCAGAUACUAGAUCAUCUUCGUCGAGUACAGAAGGCAAAUCCAUGACCAUUCCAGACAUGCUUAAACAAAAGAAACAAAAGAUUUACCAAGCUGAGUGGACCAACCUUCGUAAAGUCAAAAAACUCCUGAGGCUAAUGCUGGGAAAUUUUGAGAGUGAAAAUUACGCUGAAAUUACUCCUGCAAACAGCAAAACGAUGUUUCCUCAGCCCAUGCAGGAACUUUUCAUUUGGGCAAUAUUGAACAAUCGUCAUGAGAUGGCGUUAAUAUUCUGGCGAAAUGCAAACGAAUCAUUGCCACUGAGCAUAAUUGCUUGCAAUAUUUAUCAAAAGAUGAUAUCCACCCUACCAGGUUAUGAUACGGAAGGCCGACGUGCUCUAGCCGGCCAAAAAGACUAUUUUGAACAAUCCGCUAAAACAAUGAUUGAACUUUGUUAUGAAAAAUCACAAUGGAAAUCUCUAUAUCUUCUUGUUCGACCAUUUACAACCUGGGGUGAGCUCCAUUGCAUUCCACUAGCUCUGAAUGCCGAUUGUCAAGACUUUGUCUCCUCAAAUGCCUGCCAGCACGUCAUUCAACUUGACUGGCAAUCUGGAAUUGAAGCAAAUUCUGUCUCUGUAGUCCUCGCCUACCUCUUUCCGCCAUUAAUAUUCACAAAUCUAGUGAAGUUCUCUAAAAGUCGAAUUAUACUUCCCGAUUCGAGUGAUCCUGAAAUUUAUAAGCGUUUGAAAGAAAGUAUUGCAAGACCUGGUGCGGACGAUACUCUGUCUAUGGAGAAAAUUUCUAGUGCACAGAAAAUUCACGACUUCUAUAAUACACCGCGAACGAAAUUCUGUGUUAAUACGACGUUCUACGCAAUCUUCCUGAUAUUCUUCUCAUAUACCAUACUCUUUGGAAUGGAGCCAGGGCAUAUUUCAAUCUUAGAGAUUGUGCUAAUGGUAUAUCUUGCAUGUUUCUCAGUGGAAACAAUUCGAAGUCUUCUCAUUGUAACAGUAGGACAAGAAUCGUCAAGUUCAUCUUUAAGGAAAUGGUUACACAAUAACAGAUGGCAUGGCUAUGAUUUAGCUCUGAUAUUACCAACAAUAUUGACCAUGUGCUUACGCAUUGGCUUGAAUGAAACCUACCUUAUUGCCAAAUCAUGCUACUCAGUUCUAUUGAUAUUUUACUUCAUGCGGAUCUUUCAAAUGUAUGCUGUGAAUAGGAGGCUAGGUCCUCAGGCUGUGAUGAUUUUCAGAAUGCUGAUUGAACUGGGCAUUUUCAUCCUCGUGUUGAUAGUAUUCCUGCUUCCUUAUGGUGUUGCAUCUCAGGCCAUGUUGUAUCCCAAUCUUACAAGUUUUAAGCCUUCAAUUCUUAAAGACAUCUUCUACUACCCCUACUAUCGACUUUAUGGAGAACUGAACUUGGAGCAAGCAGAAGGUAUCCCAAUGUCUUGAGAAAAUGAAGCUUGUAAGGGUAAAGACGCGGAUGGAAACAAUUGUCCUGUUGAAAAUCCAAUUGUUCCUCUACUUCUUGCUGCCUACAUGCUCAUUGUUGUUGUUCUCCUGGUAAAUCUUCUGAUCGCCAUCUUCAGUAACGUAUUCUCGGACAUUCAAGAAAAAUCACUGCUGUUCUGGAAAUCGACAAAGUAUUACCUCCUCCGGGAAUACAAGGACGCCCCUAUUCUACCACCACCUUUCAGUUUGUUGCAAGCCUUCUUCGAGGCUCUGACCUGUUGCCGCUACAAGUUUUCCUCAAAAUCGGGGUCGAAGAAAGGUUGGGAGUUAGGUCGAACGGACUCGAAUGAGUCAAAUAACGAAGCUGUUACGACAGAAAAUAGUGCCAACAAGCUGCAUCAUGUUAAAAAGACUAAAGACAUUGAGGAGGAAGCUGAAGGAGGCAUGAACAUGCUAACGUAUGGAGAUGACUCCGACGAUGAAGAUGAGGAACAAAUUGAUCCAUAUAAGGAGGAGUUGGACAAUUCCGUCCUUCAAAUGCAGGUGUGGGCCGUUCGCAAAAUUUUGAAACAAGAGAAGCACAAUGAAAUUAGCCAAAUAGCAAAUGUUUACAAUAUAGUUGAAGAAAUUCAAGAUAGAAUAGAAAGUAAUGACAAUUCUUCAGAAAGUGAAGGCAAUGAAUCAAUCAAGUUGGCGAAGUUUUCACGUGGGGAUUCUAGCGCCAGCUUAAGUGCUUUGGGUAGAAAGGUGCGUGAUUUGGAAGAACGAAUCCACGAUGAAUUCAAAAAGCAAGAGAUGUUGCUUAGGAAUUUAGUCACGCCAAGGGUCUAG